CUCGCGAGCGGAAGGCGGUCCGGGACAUGACGGAGCUGAAGGAGCACCAGCUCAGCGAGAUGCAGGCGGCCCACUCGCGCGUCCUGGAGGCGAAGCGGGAGGAGGCGACGAAGCAGCUGCGCGAGGUGAAGAUCGAGGUGCGGGAGGCGAAGCUGGAGGCGGGGAGGCAGAUCCGCGAGGCCGAGAUGAAGGCGCGGGACUCGAUCCACGAAGCCCAAGCGGAGGCGGCGAGGCAGAUGGACGAGGUGGCUGAGGAGAAGCGGGCGACGGAGGCGGAGCGGGAGUCGGUGCGGGUGCAGCUCUCUCGCGAACAGCGCGAGAUGCGGGCGGCGGUGGAGGCGGAGCUGCGCAAGCACGAGAUGGAGAACGCGAAGCUGCACGAGGAGCUGGGCAGAGCACACGUCGUCUGCCGCGCCGCCGUGCAGUUCGCGCAGGUGGUCGAGACGUUUCGCACCAACUCGCCCGCCUCUGCCUUCCCGCUCGCCGGCGUCGCCGAGAACUUUCGCGCGAGCUCGCCACACGACACCCCCAACCGGUUGCCGGACUCUCGAGCCGCGGGCAAGGACGACGCGCUGCAGCCGCCGACGCCGCCGCAGCACGUGCGUGUCCCAGCGAGGCCGGUCCUCCCUCCGCCGGCCGCGCUGCCCGCGGCGGUCGGAGACAAGAAGAAGGGCGGCGAGGCGGCCGGCACGCAACCGGUUACGCGGCCGGCGGGCGCGUCUCCGAGUCUGUCGCAGGUGACCGAGCUGAGCAACGACAUGGUGUGAAGGGGGAAACGCGGACGGAUCGAGCGGACAGGAGAGGCCACAGGCAGCGCCUACAUAUGUAGUAUCACAGCACUGUCAGGUUAAGGUGGUUCUUGAAAGUUGUGAACG